CCACCUGACAUCAAUGAUGGGGCACUAUUCCUCCCGCAUGACACCAAUCAUAUAGGGCGCUAUUUGAUAGCCUCCUUCUGACAUCACAUGAUGGGGCACUAUUCCUCCCCGCAUGACACCAAUGAUGUGGCACUAUUCCUCCCGCUGAUACCAAAGAUGGGGCAACUAUUCCUCCCACUGACACCAAUGAUGGGACACUAUUCCUCCCACUGACACCAAUGAUGGGACCACUAUUCCUCCCACUGAUACCGAAAGAUGGGACAGCACUAUUCCUCCCACACAGACACCAAUGAUGGGGCACUAUUCCUCCACACUGACACCAAUGAUGGGGCACUACUUCCUUCCACUGACACCAAUGAUGGGGCACUCCCCCCCCCACACACACCACACGAUGGCGGGCACUAUUCUCCCCCACUGACACCAAUGAUGGGGCACUAUUCCUCCCCCACUGACACCAAUGGAUGUCUAUUUCCCUGUGAGACCAAU